AAAUGACCUCAUGGAUUCCAGAUGUUUUGAAUGUAUAUACACUGUUUUGAUUUAUUAAUUCUCCUGACUUGUGCAGUUUCAGGGCUUGGAGAGAAGAACCAAAUGGAGCCAAAAAGACAAUUAUACACACCUAAGUUUAUGGCUCUUUGCCAGUAUUAAAACUUGGUGUCCAAGAAUAUUAAAUCAUUAAAUAAUAUAAUGUCAGAAAGAAAACUGAGGUUAAGUUUCAGUUAUGAUCUCAUCCAUAUCUAACACACUUAGUCCAGAGGACAAGUGAGCCAGUGUGGUGAGGCUAGCAGACAGCACUGAUCAUAAAGGAGACAAAUAGUUUCAUGACUACUUUUAUUGCAAUGCUACGUGCCUAAUAAAUCAACUGCCCAAAUGUGUUAGUCAGAAACAGUGAAAGACGCGUAAAAAAGACGAGAGUUGUAAACAUGGCCAUAAAUACGCAAACUAUUUACUAGUUUAUUGAACCUCCCUCAACCAAGAAACAACUUCCUCUAAAAUGCGCUCCUACUUCCUCAUACGUUUGCAACAACAGCAGUGAAAAAGUCCCUUGUAUCACCUGACUUACUUUGUGUUUACAGGUUUCUGCCUACCUGAGCGCAUCUGUAUAUCGCCAUGGGAUUGGCUGCUUAGCACCAAGAGGCUGGAAUAACCGGAGAUAUGUCCUUACUUGGCGCGGGAGUCGUCACUACAACAGUCUUUCCAUCGCUGACAUAAUAUUAUAAACAUUGUUGUUUGAACUGCUAGUGAAGACAGAGACAUUCGUGAAAAGCUAAGAUCACAUAUGGUAUCCAUGGUAUCUCAAGUGGAGCAGGAUGCACAGCCCAGGCCACAGAUGCUGUUUGUGGGAGCCAAGGACAGCAAACGGCUCCUGGAAGUUUAUGUAAAGAGAAGCCUGAGCCUUAAUGAUGGGUCACACUGUCCACCUCGAAGAGAACGGAGACCAGAUAAAUGGGUCACUGUUGCGGAGCAAGAUAAGAGAGAGCGUAAACAUUCCAGCGAUAUCUCGCUUCAUUUUAAACCCUUAGGCUCAGAGGAGGACCUUGAUGAAGAUAAGGCAUUCUCAGAACCAGAAACAGACAAAAACUCUCAGGUAGAAACUGAAACCACAGACAACAGGUCAAAACGAUGGAAAAAGAAAAGCACUCUUAACAGAAAUAAUGGAUCCUCUGCAUCUUGUACUUCUGAUGGGAAGCCCCAGAAAUGGUUUGCACAUUUUGAUAAAGAUAAGCAUGAUGAUAGACAACCAAAUAUACCCUUACCUCAACCUAAACCUUCAGCCUCAGAGGAGGAUCUUAGUAACAAUAAAGUAAUUUCAGAACCAGUAAAAGAAAGUGAAACCUCUGAUAAACGUAAACGAUGGAAGAAAAGCUCUCUUACCAGAAAGGAUGGCUCCUCUGCAUCUCAGAGUUCUGAUGGAAAACCCCGGAAAUGGUUUUCUCCUUUUGAUAAAGACAAGCGGGAUAGUAGACCAUCUCGUGAAGCCUGUAAACUGGAGUUAGAAGACCUCAAGAUUGAAGACUCUCCACUGCCUGCUCAACCUAAGCUAGAGAGUUUAACAGAGGUAAAGAAGAUCAAAGAGGGUAAGAAGAAUAAGAAGUCUUCAAUAUGGAAGAGUGUUCUGGGAUGGUUCUCCAGAGGGAACAAACAGGAUGAACAAGAUGAUGAUGAGAGAACUGAAGAAGCACUUCCUAAUCCAGAACCUGCAACACCUCCACUCUCCUGCCUGCCCAUCUCUGCUGGUGAUGGCAUCAUCCUGCGCCACACUAGAACCUCUAGGAGAAGGCGAUCUCAGAGGAGGGUCUCAUUAAAGAGACGCAGCGGGGACAUGGGCCUAGAUAAGACAACAAAAGUGCAGCCCCUUACUUUAGACCUAUCUACAGAAGCCCACAAUUCCCAGGUCCAAUCAAUUGAGGAGGUAGAGGCCACUAGUUCUUAUUAUGAAAAAAUGUCAGAAGAGCUGGAGAAGAUUGUGAAUGAGGUGAAAAACAGUCCCACAGAAGAAAACAAAACUUUCGCUGAUUCACUUCAGCCUACAGACACAGAUGCCUUAUACAUGUCUCAAGAGGAAAUUAUUAAAAGGAUCAUUGAAUUGAUAAAACAGGAAGGUGAUGUUAUAAAUGAUAAGCUAAAGGAAAAUACUACUAUUAGCUCCUACUUCAACACUAUCACCUAUGGCUCCUUCCAGCAAUUAGCAGACCAGUAUGUAAAUUCUGAAGUCCCACUACAGAAAACACAGCCAUCCGUGGUAGCUCCAGAGCUGGUGAAGUUUGCCUUCACACUUGACUUCACAGCAAGAGUGGCUUCUCUCUCUCGCCAUGCUCCUGGACAUAUCCUCGGCUUUGGGAACCAGUACCUCAAGGAUCGUUUUACUUACAUGUAUGAGAGUAACCCUCACAUCAGGGAUAUGACCACAGAGAAACAGAUGACAUUAAAGGAGAGUUCAGACAGGGAUGAGUGGUGUGGAGACCAUGCAGAAGGCAAAAUAUCAUAACCCAGCUUCUGAACCUGGCAGACCAUAACAUUAAGGGAAACCUGUACAGCCUACAACAAGCCUAUAUGACUACAUAUUAUUAGAUGAUUUUUUUUUUUAGAGUCAGUGGAUCAUCACACUGCACAGAAAUUGUCUAUUUGUGAUUCAACAUAUGUAAGAGACCUUUAACACAAGGUUCUGAUCAAGCUAAUAAGGCAAGAAGAUGCACUGAAUAGCAUACAGAAAAAGCUCUCUACUGUAGACAAGGAAAGUCACCUUUAAUACUGUGACAUAUAUCAACCUUUUGAAAUGUUUGAAAUGAAUGUGAUUUGUUUUAUUUCUAUUAGUAGAAACAAAAUCUACAAUUUAUAAUCCAUGUUUAAUAGCACUUAAGCUCAUUAAGCUGCUUUCCAAUAUGCUGUAAAUGUGUAUGCAGGCAUACACAAUGUAAUUUAAAUGACUCUAAAUAUAAAUAAAAUAUAUGUAUAUUUUUGCAA